AUGGCGUCUGAUAGAUAGCACAUCUGUCAUUUCAAAAAUUUAAGUGUGAAUUUCGUCGUCAUCCCUUGUAAACAACUAAGUUUGAUCAUGUUUUUGUCUAUAUAAACCGCAUUCAGUGCUGCAACACUUAAAAAGAUGGUCGAAAUCGAAUUCAUUCAAAAAGAAUACCCUUUACACUGGUUGGUGUGGCAGAACGAUUAUAAACAGUUGGAUAUUUUAUUAAAAAAGAAAGAGGAGGAUAAAGAAAAGUUGGAUAAUCGAGGACGAACUCCUUUAAUGUUGGCUGUCACUUUGGGUCAUUUAGAAUCAGCCCGUUCAUUAUUGAAUAACGAAGCCAAUGUAAACUGUGAAAAUGCAGAUGGUUGGACUGUUGUACAGGAGGCAGUGGCCACAGGUGAUCCAGAACUUUUACAUAUGGUGCUGGAACGACGCGAUUUUCAACGAUUUUCAAAUCGCAUGGCUGGCAUUCCAGAACUGUUGCAAAAACUAAAAGAGGCGCCGGAUUUUUACGUGGAAAUGAAGUGGGAAUUUACUAGUUGGGUACCUCUGGUAUCAAGAAUGUGCCCCAGCGACACUUACAAAGUCUUCAAACAAGGCUCUAAUGUGCGAAUAGACACAACUCUGUUAGGGUUUGACCACACGAGUUGGCAGAGAGGAAACAGAAGCUACGUUUUCCAAGGCCAUAGUGAUGGAGCAACAAUGAUGGAAAUCGACCAUGACAUCCAACAGGUUUAUUGCGAGGAAAUGAAGGCACCUGACGAAGCUUUAGGCGUUUUAAUUCCAACCGAAGAUUCGCUUUCUCAAAGGCUGACUACACCCAUUGUCACUACUUAUGUUGACACUGACAAAAUCAGUUUUGAGAGGAACAAGGCGGGGAUGUGGGGCUGGAGAUCAGACAAAAGUGAAGUAAUAAACGGCCAUGAGUGUAAAGUCUUCAGUGCAUCCAAUGUCGAGUUAGUGACGAAAACGCGAACCGAACAUUUAACUGAAAGCGAUAAAGCCCGAAGUAGAAACAUUAAAACGCCCUUACAGAAUUUCCUAGGGAUCGCGGAAGUUGAAGAGAACCAAGCAGCCUCAGCCCAUCAAAACGAAUAUACAAAAUCAAGCAAUCCUUGUAAUAUAACUCCUGAGGAAUAUUUCGAUUCGUCGGUAAAUUUACAAAAUCGAGACAUUGGUCGACCUAAGGAAAUUAAUAUUAAAGUGCAGAAAUUCAAAGCGAAUUUAUGGCUGUGUGAGCAAUACCCCUUGUCGUUGCCUGAACAGAUUCUUCCAAUUGUUGAUUUAAUGGCAAUUUCUAGUUCACAUUUUGCCAAAUUGAAGGAUUUUAUACAGAUGCAGUUACCGUCAGGUUUUCCGGUCAAAAUCGAAAUUCCUCUGUUUCACGUGCUCAAUGCAAGGAUAACAUUCGGUAACAUUUUUGGUAUAGAUGCGGAAGUGCCACACGUCCACAGGAUACAGGAAGAAGACAGACUUACGUGUGUUGUAGACGAGUGUAUUUUCCAGUGUCCGUCAGGAUAUUCUCACAUUGGUAAUGCUGCAUCAGAUGGCCGAAGACAGUUAAGUAGUAUGGAAGAAGAAGAUGAUUUGUUACAAUUUGCAAUUCAGCAGAGUUUGAUCGAUGCUGGGACGGAAAAGGAAGAGGUGGACAUUUGGGAGGCUUUAAAAGCCCAAAAACCCUCACGGCCUGCAACACCAAAUCUCGUAGGUGAAGAGGAGAGGCAGUUACAAAGAGCUAUUCAAGCCAGUUUAGAGCUUUACCAAAAGAAUACAGAUAACAACGACACUAACGCCGCCGCUGAUCCUGAACUAGAUUCGGACCUGCACAUGGCCCUCAUGCUGUCAGAACAGGAACGCCAGAAGCAAGAACAGCAAAGAUUGCAGGAAGAAAAAAUCCUUGAAGAAAUACUACAAUUGUCGUUGACAGAGAAAUAAGAUUAGAUUGAAUUUAGGGCCAAAAAUAUACAUUUUUAACGAAAUUUUUCAUACCUCAUUCAUAUAGGUAGCAAUAGUUUGAAAUGGUAAAGCUCGGUUUUUUUUUGGUUGUCACUGCCCUGGACAUUGACUUAAGAAUCAUUUCAAACAAACGUCCUACGUAACUUUAAAUUCCAAAUUACAAGAGAUUUUUAACGUUGUUUAAAUAAAUUUUCUCCGCGUUAUACUUAAUGAGUUUCACACAGUUUCAAUUUGAUUGUUCCUAUUGAUAUAUUUAUUAUUUUUGAUGUUAAAAAGUUUUAUUUAUAACGUACCACUGUAACUGGUGCUUUUACUGCAAGUUAAGUAACAACAGUAAAUCAUUUUUGUUUGUUAAUGAACAUGUACAUAAUCUUUAAUAAAAUGUUUCUUCCAAUAAAA